GGCCAAGGAGCGUCUAUAAAAGGCGCAGGAGGUCAGGGUACGCGCCCCAAAGACUUGAACUGUCCUUGCUGCUCGUUGAGCGGUUGAGACGCCCCUUCGUGUUAUCUCGGAGCUUAGCCGAGCCCGUAGCGCCGUGGACAUGGAACCUGAGCCCGACUCGGAGCCGGUCACGCUCCUAGUGAAGAGCCCGAACCAGCGUCACCGCGACUUGGAGCUGAGCGGCGACCGCAGCUGGAGCGUGGGGCACCUCAAGGCCCACCUGAGCCGCGUCUACCCCGAGCGCCCGCGUCCAGAAGACCAAAGGUUAAUUUAUUCUGGGAAGCUGUUGUCAGAUCACCAGUGUCUCAGGGACUUGCUUCCAAAGCAGGAAAAACGACAUGUUUUGCAUCUGGUAUGCAAUGUAAAGAUUGCCUCAAAAAUGUCAGAAACCAGCAUAAAGGUUGCCGAAUCCACAGAGCAGCCCCAGGGACCUAAUCAGGGACAGUAUCUUGGGGAUUCCUCAAGUGAUGGUGUACGGCAAAGGGAAGUUCUUCAGAACCUUUCUCCCUCUGGAUGGGAGAACGCCUCAAGGCCUGAAGCUGUCCCGCAGGCGUUCCAAGGUCUGGGGCCUGGUUUCUCUGGCUACACAACCUAUGGGUGGCUGCAGCUUUCCUGGUUCCAGCAGAUCUAUGCACGACAGUACUACAUGCAGUAUUUAGCUGCCACUGCGGCAUCAGGAGCUUUUGUCCCACCACCAAGUGCCCAAGAGAUACCUGUGGUCUCUACACCUGCUCCAGCCCCUAUUCACAACCAGUUUCCUGCUGAAAACCAGCCAGCCAAUCAGAAUGCAGCUCCUCAAGUGGUUAUUAAUCCUGGAGCCAAUCAGAAUUUGCGGAUGAAUGCACAAGGUGGCCCUAUUGUGGAAGAAGAUGAUGAGAUUAAUCGAGACUGGUUGGACUGGACCUAUUCAGCAGCUACAUUUUCAGUUUUUCUCAGUAUCCUCUACUUCUACUCCUCCCUGAGCAGAUUCCUCAUGGUCAUGGGGGCCACCGUUGUUAUGUACCUGCACCAUGUUGGGUGGUUUCCGUUUAGACAGAGGCCUGUCCAGAACAUCCCCAAUGAUGUUCCUCCUCCAGAAGCCGUGAAUCAGGACCCGAACAACAACUCACAGGAAGGCACUGAUUCUGAAGCCGAAGACCCCAACCGCCUCCCCCUAGACCGGGAAGCCCCGGAUGCCGAGCAGACCAGCCCUUCAUUUAUGAGCACAGCAUGGCUUGUCUUCAAGACUUUCUUUGCCUCUCUUCUUCCGGAAGGCCCUCCAGCCAUAGCAAACUGAUGGCACUUAAGCUCUCAGGGCUAGAGGCAUGGACGGGCGUGGACUGGAUUUCUGACCAGCUGGAUUUCCCCACCUGGACACGA